AUGUCAACUACUACUACUACUUCAAUAGAAAAACCAAUUAUUAUUAUUGGUGCAGGAAUUGCAGGGUUAUCUUUGGCACAAGGACUAUUGGCAGCUGGUAUUCCUUUUAGAGUAUUUGAAAGGGAUCUGUCACCUGAUUAUCGUUCUCAAGGAUAUCGUCUAAGAAUCAAUCAUUUUGGAGCAACUGCAUUGAAAAAGUUACUAAACAAUGACAUGUGGAAACUGUUUGAAGAGACAUGUGCAGAUACUCGACUUGGUAUGAAACUGGUCAAUGCAGCAGACGGUGUAACUCUGUCAUCAAGAGAUGGAGAUCCAGCAAACAAGAUUAUACCAGCUGGUGAAACCCCUCUUGGUCCAUACACUGCCGACAGACAAACUCUUCGUAGAUUCUUGUUACUUGGAUUAGAUAAUAAAUCAUCGGUAUGUUCAACUUCAUCUUCUUCAUCAUCAUCAUCAUCCUUAUCAACAAAUACUAAUGAAAUGAAUCAUCAUCAUCAUCAGUCUGUAGGAUACGUAGAAUUUAACAAGAAAUUAGAUCAUUAUGAAAUCAAUAGUGAUAGUGGUAUAGUGACAGCAUACUUUACAGAUGGAACUAUUGUAGAGGGUAGUUUUAUAGUUGGAGCUGAUGGUGUAAGAUCAGUUGUUAGAAAGCAACAAUAUCCAACGUUGGAGAUUGUAGAUACCACUGGCAGAUGUGUAUUUGGUAAGACAUUGAUUACCGACAAGUUAUUGAGUACAUUCCCAGCCGAUGCAUUACAGGGUAUUUCGGCAGUCAAGGCUGAGGGUGGACCAACGCUAUUCCUCGAGUCUGUAAGAUGGAGCAAGGAUAUUCAAGAUGUGUCGGGUGGUCGUAUACCAAAGGUGGAUGAUUAUGUCUACUGGGUACUCUGUGCAGUCAAAUCAGUGUUUGGAGUGAGCGAUGAAGAGUUUUCAAGAAUGUCUAGUCAACAAGCAGUCGAUUUAACUCUAAAAUUGACAGAAUCUUGGGAUGAGGGUGUACGAUCAUUAUUUAAACUCCAGUCACCAGAAAACACAUCUGCGCUCUCUCUAGUGUCAACAUCACCAUCCAUGAAGGAAUGGGAGCCAUCUAGUCACGUGACAUUUCUCGGUGAUGCAAUCCAUCCAAUGCCACCAGCCGGUGGUAGUGGCGCCAACUGCGCACUCCGUGAUGCAGCCAAUCUAUUCGACGUCAUUACACAAGGCAUCACCAAAGAAAGAGUCCAAGACUAUGAAUCAAAGAUGAGAGUAUAUGGCGGUGAAGCUAUUGUAGGUUCAUUUAAUGGUGGUAAGAUGUUAUUUAAUCUUCCACCUUAUCCUACUACUACUACUCCUAAUACUAAUUAA